CGGUUUUGCGGAAACACCAAAGACUGUCGUUGAUGACGAUUGACGGGACGUCGGUCAAUAGCGCAUGGCAAAGUCGGUGCGGCGCGUGAACAGAAAAUCCAAUUAUUGUAUUUUCACUGUGGUUUGGAGGAACUUGAGUCGAAUCGCGAACACGGCCUAAAGGUUAUGUUGCACCGUGAUUUCGCCGAGUCCGGCUUCACCUAGUGUCAGAACAUUAAAAAUCGCGUACCAAAGUCCCUUCCUCGCGCUCCUUACCUGCCCAUGGGAUUUAUCGACGAUGAAUUGCGAGAAGUGUCACAGCUCUGUCACAACGUCGUUGCGGGAAGUCGGCUUGUCUCUUGCGUGCGGAGUAUGGUCCGCGUCGAAAUAACGAAAACACCGUUCAAGCAACUCAUCGUAUGCAUUCAGUUCCGGCAGGAUUAUCCUGCAUCGCCGUUAUUCGUCGAGUUAAAAAGCAAGACUCUGUCAACGAAGUUGCUUGAUGGAUUAACGAACGUCUGCGAAAAGGAGUGCAGGGCUCUCUUGAACAAAGCACAGGUGUUGCCGAUUUUAAAGUUCAUCAGAAACUUUAUUGAGGAGAAUCCUCUCAUCUGCUGUUACGAUGAGAUAUCAACGUUGAAGAAACUUCUGAACGACAAAGACGAGCUGAAGCUAAAACAAAAGAAUUCCUCCAUUAAUCUAACAGUGCACCAAGGUUUAUACUACUUCAAAACCAAGCUUGAAGUGCCGGACGAUUAUCCAGCUACUUGUGUAACUUUAAGUGAUGUUGAUACGAAUUUUCCACCAUUGUUCAAUCGCUAUCUAAUUGGACAAGGAAAGGAAUUCGCAAGGCAAUGUGUCGAGCCACCGUUGAAGAAGCAAGCACAAACCGUGCCAUUCGCACCAUUGCCAUCAUUAAACACAGUUGCUUCCUUUCUCAUAAAAACUAUAAAGGCUCUUCCACAGGAGUUUUGUCAACACUGCAAAGUAUUGUGCCUACCAACAAACCCCGAACAAGUGAUAAUCGACGAAAACGCGGAUUCCCACGCCGAAAGACUUUACUGUGGUCAUCUCUUCCACUUAAAAUGUCUCGUGACAUAUAUGAAGACUCCGCCAUUCCAUGGGGGUAAGAAGUGUCCAAGCUGCGGUCAACGCGUGUAUCAUGAUAAAUGGGGCUUGACUGACAAGUUGGCAGAAGCUCGUUGGGCUCACCAACAGGCACGAGCAAGAGAAUUAGCCGAGGUUGCAGAUUUUUUCAACUGAAAUCACAUAUUGUACAAAUUGACGCAGUAAGUCGCGAAAGAAACUUACUGAAAGUAUGACAUAGCUGUAAGUCUGUCUAAAGUGUGGCAACUGACAUUUUGGAUAAAAAUGAAAUGCGAAAGAUAAGAAUGAAAGAGAGUAUUUCAUUUCAACACAAGAUUAUUUAAAUUUCUAUGUAAGAUUAUAUCAUACUUAUAUUUAUCAAUAGAAGAAUAGCCGUAAAAUUUAUGCAUUUCCUUCAAAAAUUAUUUUUAGAAAUAUCUUGAUUUAUAACUGUAAAUGAUAGAAAUGUCAGUUAUCACUUUUCUCUCAUAUUUAGGAAAUUUAUAAUGUAGAUCAAGAUAAUUUCAUAGCAAAGUUUGGAAAUGGGCAUUGUUUACUAAACUGAAAUAAUCGAUAAGAAAGACCUAAUAAAUGUAAUAAUAUUUAAAGAUUAUAUUAGUUUUAUAUAUUUAGAUUGCAUUUUUGUAAAAAUAUCUUUUGUAAAGAUAUUGAUUACAAUAUUAUGCUUGUAAAUUUAAUUUUAUUCUAUUUUAAUAUGUAAAUAUGUAGUUGUGUGGGAGAUAACACAAAGAUAAUACGAAUACAAUAUGCAUAAGUGAUUAAAAAUAAAACUUUUUAUUCACCAUUGAA